AUGGCGGAAGUCGGGAGAUACGUCCGAGCCCCGUCAGUUCAGGAACCAGUUUACGAAGAAUAUUUUGACCUCGGCGAAUCGGAAAAUGCAACAGAGACGCCUGUUCAAGGUAAUGCGGAUUUUGCGAAGCGAAUGAAUGAAUUCGGACAGCUACUUCAAUCUCUGAUUGAAAAACCCGUAAGAAGUGAAAACCAGCAACCGGUAUUGAUCGACAAUGACUGGGGGCGCAACACUGAGCAACCAUCGCCGCUAAAGGACGGAGCAAGUGGUUCGAUUCGAUGGGAUUUAAUUCCUUCAAACAGACUCUGGGAGGCGUGGCAAACCUUCUUGGAGAACUUUGAAAUUGUCGCAUCUCUAUCAAACAUGUCCUCUGCUCGUCGUUCAAAAUUACUCUUUCUUGCUAUGGGCGCUAACCUUCAGAGCAUUUUAAGAGCAGCCCAUCUAAAACCAUGUUUGAACGACCCCCAGUGCUAUCAAAAGUUCGUUGAUAUUAUCGGGAAUUAUUUUAAAACAAUGACUGAUACAGCUGCUGAGCAUGAAGCUUUUUCUGUCAUGCACCAGAGAGUCGGGGAAUCUACAGUAAAUUUCCAUGCUAGACUAACCGAAAAAGUACGGCUGUGUGGGUACAGCCCCAACGACCAGGAUCGCUUUGUGAGAGCGCAAUUGCUCAAAGGAAUGGUCAACAAAGAAUUGGUGAAAGACGCGAGAACAGAUGGUCGAGCCACAAGUGAAAUCGUAAAAACAGCAACACGAAGAGAAGCCUACGAUGCGGAAUUAGUAUCUGCCAGUCCAGUCAUUAAUCCACCUGAGGCUCUUGCGGUAGAAAACACGCGACGAAGGAAACGUGCUGGUCCUAGAGGCGAAAAUAGAGAGGUUUAUCCGAAAAGAUAUAAAAGGACAUCCCCACUUGGACGACGUUCGCGUUGCUGGAGAUCAUCUUGUCGAAUCGACUCGGUGAACGACAUCCGUGAAAACGAGGAAAAGAAGCCACUGCACGGAUGGUCUGAAGACGAGCAUGAGCAGCAAAUAAAUGCUAUAACAAUUCGGGACGCUAUAGUCGAAGGUCGUUUGAGCUCCUCCCUUGCUUUAAGUUUUUUAAUCGACUCGGGAGCCGAUGUCAAUAUUAUCGACGGUAACGACUGGUCCAUUCUCAAGAAACAGUAUCUAUCCGGUCAGGCUAAGCUUGAACCUAUAGCGAAUCCUGACAACCGACUGCUACGAGCAUACGCAACAGCCAACCCCAUGACUAUUAAUUGCGCUUUCAAAGCAAAAGUCGAAGUAGUCGGAGCUUCUAAACCAGUUGUGGAAGCUGAAUUUUUAGUUGUUGGCGAGGGGCGCCGUUCACUUCUCGAAAAGAAUGCAUAUUUCAACGUCCCAGCUGCCUAUCGCGAGGCUGCUGAACGUCGUUUCGAAGAGAUGGCAGCUCGGGGCAUCAUCGAAAAAGUAACGUCAGCCCCCAGAUGGAUAAGCGGUAUGUCGGCGGUACCUAAGGGCAAAAACGACUUCCGACUAGUCGUUAAUAUGAGAGCACCGAAUAAGGCCAUAAAGCGGGAAUAUUUUCGGUUGUCCUUAGUAGAUGAAAUGCGUAUUAAACUCCACGGCGCCAAGUGUUUCACGAAGUUGGACCUUAGUAACGCGUUCUACCAUUUAGAACUUAGCAGGGAGUCACGGGACCUGACUACAUUCCUGACAGAAACCGUCCCAACGCUCUCGGAGCUGUUCUGGUACAACAACAUAAUUCCGCUCCCCCAUUACGCCCAGAAUCAGCGCGAGGCACUUGCUACAGUGUGGGCCGUCGAACAUUUUUCCUUCUUUUUGCUAGGGCGCCACGUUACGCUUCGCACUGAUGCUCAAGGAGUAACUUUCAUUCUGAAUAGAUCCCGGGAGAACUCAAAGCGAGCACUGACAAGAGCCGAUGGAUGGGCACUUCGAUUAAGUCCAUAUAAUUACGAUGUGGAGUACAUUCGCGGCAAUGACAAUAUUGCCGACCCGUCAUCCCGCUUGUACACGAGACAUGAUGAGCCUUUUGACGAACAACACAGCCCAUGGGAAAUAGCUACUCUAGAGUCCAAAGUUUCUGGUUUCCUAACAGAAUCUGAAAUACGUACGGCAACAAAGGAAAAUGAUAUUUUACAAAAAGUAAUCGAUGCUUUAGAAACUAACAUCUGGGCAAAGGAUUUGAUUCAAUUCCAACGAGUGGCUGCUGAGUUGUCAGUCGAAGAUAAUAUGUUAGUGAGGAAUGGUUGCGUAGUUAUUCCUAAACAACUUCAACAAAAGGCGUUAGACGUAGCUCAUAGUGACCAUCCCAUGAUAGCAAAGAUGAAAAGCAUUCUGAGGGAACGUGUCUGGUGGCCUAGUAUGAAUCAAGAUGUUCAAAACUGGAUUGAAUCUUGCCAGGAAUGUGCCACCAAUGGCAGACCGGAAAGACCGACCCCCAUGAAGAGGAAAUUCGCGCCCAAAGCGGUUUGGGACACCAUUGCAAUCGAUUUCAAUGGUCCUUAUGGAAAGCUUAGCGGUAUUUCUAUUUUGGUAGUGGUCGACUACAGAUCAAGGACUGGGCCACGCCACCCGGAAAAGUGGGCGUCGAUAAGCAAAACCCAAACCAACGAAACCCACCAUCCAUCCAGUCCCAACCAAGCGAAGCGAAGGCAAGAGAAUGGAAAUGGAGAAACCGAAUCGGUACCAACCUCCUCCUCGUCGUCGAUUCGGGUCCGACAACCGACCUGCCGCCCAACUGUGAAACAACCUCGACAACGACGACGAUGA